AUGAAGGAAGCAGUUAAAUGUAAAGUCGAACCUGUAAAUGAACUGAUAAGAGUUGGAAGGCUACCCGGAGAAUUUACCCAAGAGGAAGCAGAUCGGAUGAUAAUAGAAAGGGUAAGAAAUAAGUGUAGAAAAUUAUGCCCCCUUCGAAGAACCCUGGCGGAUCUUACACUAACUAGAAACAAUAAGGACAUAUUACCACGUGAAGCUGAAGAUUACAUAAAAACUCUAGUAAACGCUGCUAUGGCGUAUGGAAGGUAGUUGUUCAAGCGUUGAUUGAAAGGUUUUUAUAGAAGGGUGUGAGUAUCCUCAGGAGUGAAAUAAAAGAUGUUGAAUAGGCUUUGGAAUAGAGGAAUUGAAUGAAAUCGGUGGAGUUGAAAUUUGAAGAUUUGAGAGAAGUGAAUCGUUUUAUUUUUGUUAGAAAAUCUAGCGCUUAAAAAACCAAUAUGGUCUAGAAAAUAAAUUUAUAAUUAAGGAUUCAGAUUGAGCCAGACGGAUUUCCGUUCACAGAAAAAUGGUCGCAAAAGCUAGUGGUCUAGACACGCUAGUUCCUAUACUACUAACAUUUGAGAAAAUUUCGAAAAUCUGGAGUCUCUAGAUGGUCUGAAAUGGCAUUUUCAGAGUUUUCUUUCGCAAGACCCAACACGCAAAAGACAAAAUAAAUCAUUAGUUCAUCAAAAAUGUGCAGAUUUUGUGGGAUUUUCUUGAAAAUGCGCGACAGAAAUUCAGCUAAAAUUUCUACGCGAGGAACGAUCUGGAGUAUGAGUAACAUCUUCAUUCUUUGCAGUUUGUCACAGAUUAAAUGAUAAAGUUUGCAUGAUUUUGAAAAAAGAAUGAUUAUUAGCAAAUUAUUGGGGGGGCUGCAGCCCCCCCCAGCCCCCCCGGUUGCUACGGCCCUGUUGUGCCCUUGUGUAAAGCGUGAUGUCAUUAUGUAACUGAUUGUAUUUUCAUGUUUUCAGGAUGCUAAAUUACCUGAUGCUUAUGAAAGACUUAUUUUGGAUGUCUUUUCAGGAAGCCAGUCACAUUUUGUGAGAAGGUGAAGAAUUUUUUUAUACCAUUACACAGUAAAUUAAUGAAAUCAAUGGUUUCCGUCCGAAUUGUCAUAAUAUGAUAUUAUAUAACAACUAUAUGUACCUAAAUAUUUAUUCUUGCAGUGAUGAAUUAGCGGAGGCAUGGAGAAUUGUUACCCCGCUUCUGCACAAGAUUGAAACUGAGAAGAUAAAACCAAUACCUUACAAAUUUGGAACGUAAGUAUACAAUGCAUUGCGGUUUGAAGAUGGCGACCGUAUUGAUGAAAAGGUCCAUAUUCUUGUAACAUUCUUUGAUUUCUUAGACGAGGCCCCGAAGAAGCGGACAAACUUGUACAACGCGUUGGAUUCCAGUACACUGGUCGGUAUUCGUGGAAAGCUUCGAUAUAG